AUGUCAAAUCUUCUUGGCAUGAAGGCUUUUGGGGAGGGGUGUACUAUUUUUCACUCGGCUAAGCUAUCUAUUUCUAUUAAUGGUAAAGCGCUAGGUUUUUUUAACCGUAAAAGGGGACUCGGACAAGAGGAUCCGUCAUCUCCUCUUCCCUUUUGUCUGGCAGAGGAUGUUUUAAGUAGAGGCAUAUCUAAGCUAGACGUUGAUGGCAAAUUGCACUUGAUGUCAGGGCCUCGAGGCUUUGCUAUGCCUAGUCAUGUGCUCUAUGUUGAUGAUGUGACGAUCUUCUGCAAAGCUAGUCAUAAAAGGAUUCUAAUUUUUAGCAGGAAACUAAAAGCUAACCAUUUAAUAUUCAUUGUUGAUCGCAUCAAAAACAAGCUUUCCUCUUGGAAGGGGUCCAUGCUUUCGAUCAUGGGCAAAGUUCAACCGAUUAAUAUGGUUAUUCAUGAUAUGCUCUUAUAUAGUUUUUGCAUUUACAAUUGCCCCACUAACAUUCUUUAUUCCUUAGAUACUUGGGUUUGGAAUUUUAUCUGGUUUGGUAAUAUCUUUACUCAAAAAGUGGUCACAGUUGUCUGGAAUCAUAUUUGCAAACCUGUUAUAGAUGGCGGCCUUGGAUUAAGGUCCAUAAAGGCAAUCAUCAAAGCUGGUCUGAUAAAGCUUACUUGGGACUUUGUUAACUCAGGAGCACAAUGGACUUCAUUACUUAAACAUAGAACCUUCAGGAAUUCUUGCAAGAUUAAGUAUCAUAUCACUUCUUCCAACCAAUACGUGGCUUUCUAA